GCGCCCCCUGCCGCGGCGGAGGGCGUGCCCGCCCCCGCUCUGGGGCGGCGCAUCGGCGCUGGGAUGGCGGCGGUGAUAGGCAAGAGUGCCGCGGUGGUCUACGGGCAUGGCGAGAACGGCAGUGGUCGCGGCGGCGGCAGCUUCUUGGGGCCGCGGGUGCCAGCCGAGGUGGAGGCUAUGGCCCGAGGCGUGCAGGAGUUGGGCAAGGAGACUUUCCGGCGGCUCCUCAAAGUCACUGUUAAUGCAUUGGAAGGAAAAGACUGCAAAGAAUCUGUCAAGCUGAUUGCAGAAAGCUCUAAUCUCUCCGAAGAGCAACUUGCUUUCCUCAUUUCUGGCAUGUAUACACUUCUCCGAGAAGCACUGAGGCUCCCCUUAUCAACUUUCAAACAAGAAGUUUUUAAGGAAGACCUAAAGGAGCUCAGGAUACCAGAAGAUUUUAUUGUGGACUUUUCCAGUGUAGUCUUUGGUAACAGGCGCCCUGAUUCCGAAGGCAUGGCUCUGAAACAAGGAAGCAGACUGCCAAGUGUCCAGGACUUCAAAUGGAGAGUGGAUGUAGCUAUAUCCACAAGUUCACUGGCCCGUGCACUUCAACCAUCCAUUCUAAUGAUGAUGAAGCUUUCAGAUGGGACAGCUCAUCGCUUUGAAGUGCCAGUUGCAAAGUUCCAAGAACUGAGAUACAACGUUGCCCUCAUACUGAAGGAAAUGAACGAUUUGGAGAAAAGAAGCAUACUGAAGAUCCAGGAUUAAAGACUUUCAAUUUCAGGGCUCAGAGGACAGAUCUGAAACCCUCGGUGUGUUUUGUGAAUGGCAAAGCAGGGGACCAUCACCACUCUGCCUGUCCAAACUGCAGCACAGAGUUUAUGAUGCCUGCUGUAAAUAUUUGUUCAAGUGUUGAAAGCACAACCUCUUUUCCUAAGACUUAAGAAAAACAAGACUAUUUGGAAAAAAUAUAAUGCAGUUUGUGAGUGUUUUUUGCAUGAUUCAUCAAAACAUUUUUUUUUUCAAUAAUGUAAGAGUCAUUUAUUUCUGAUUCUGAGUCAUCACUAAUUAUUUCUGAAAGCCUGCUACUGGAAGCCCUGUCAGUGUGUACCAUAAGAAAGCUCUGCAGAGUUUCAGAAAAUAAAACUCAAGAACCACUCCUGUGCUCCAGCAUGACAAAUGUGAACUUGAGUUUUGCAUGAGUACAGUUGCUGUCUGGCAUUUCAGUGGCUGAGGUCAAGCUACAGAAGGGCAGAUUUUGAAGAAAAUCUGAAGUCUGGAUUAAGAAAGAAAUAUUGACUAAACCUCUAGAACUGAUUCCAUGGAAUUACAGAAGGGGAAAGGUGCAAUCUGAGCUUUUAUCUGAAUAGCAGCAAUCUUACAGCUGCCUAUCUAGAAAUGCAUUUCCUGUAUGUUUCAUGUGAAUGGAAUUGUCUGAUGUUAGUGGGCCGACACCUCUGACACUGUGAUGACAGCAAACAGCAGGAGGCAGUAACUUUGCAGACCAUUACAGCUCUUGACUUACUAAUAGUGCAAGUCAGACUCGAGGGUGAAAAUCAAAGGUAGGAGGACACCCAAGCUUCUGGGUCAAAAAAAGAGUUAAGCAUAGGCUGAAGUUCCAUGAAUUGGUCAGGCACUUGGACUAGGUGAUUGCUGUAGGUUCCUUCCAACUGAAAGACUCUGUUCUAAGUUAGUCCUUUGCCCCAUGAAUAAACCUCAGAAGGACUCCCUUAACUUGAAUCAUGUUUUAAGUCUCAUUUAAAUGACAUAGGACUACAAGCAUGUCCCAAAGAGUUUUGCCAAGAAGGCAUGAGUUCCUCAGUCAUUGCCUGAAUGAGUCUUCCCCUAGCAGCGAAGAUAUGGAGGCUGCGAGGAACAGUCCAAAGAGAGCACAGGCUAUGGGCUAGAAGUGGAGGAUUUACCUGGCUGUCAAAGGCAGCUUAGAAAGCAGGUCCCACCCCCAUUGUUAAGCAUUGGCUCAUUCUAGUUGCUUUCAGGCUUUCUACCUCAGCAGUAUCACGCAUACUUCUCUCUCACUUAUUGAUUGUAGAAUUUGCCUUCAUCUUUCCCACGCCCCACAGAAACUACUGAAAUUAAAACUGUGGAUUCAGGAAGCCUUUUACACUCCCACGGAUGUUUGUGUCAGAAAGGAUGACUUGGCUCUUCAGUUUAAGAAUCACAACAGGCACAAAAAGACUUCAUUGUCAUACUUUUUAAGGGAAGACUUCUUUGACAGCUGUCCAUACCAGUUUAAAACCAGCUGAAUAACUGUAGCUUUUAUAACCUGUGCAAGGAUGUCCUGUAGUUUCAAACCCUUCAGCCAUGACUUCAGACUGUUCAAAAGGUGCAUAUUCCCUUUGCUUUGUAGGCUACUUAUCAAUAACUUUCAGGUUUGAUCCAUACUCCAUUCAGGUCACACCAAAGCAUAUAAAGAGGAAAUGGCUCGCUCCUAUAACUUCAAGUGGACCACAGAUUGCACUGAAGUGAUGUUUUCUGUAUGGUUUGCUCAGCUUCUUUCUGGAAUUAUCAUAAGCUGUGAAACAAAACAUACGUUCUUAUGUUCCUUGCCAUUACCUUUCCCUUCUGAAUGUUUAGGUUUCUGUGGUUUGAAACUGGAGAAGUAUCUAAGCUGAGAAGACAAGUGAAGUCUUCUCAGACAUGAGUGUAAAAAUUACCUAUUGCUAAAGGCAUUUGCAAAGUGUUUUUAUUCCUGGUCGGAGUAGAAGAAUCCAUAAGUAGCUUUACCUACUAGACAGGGUGUAUUCAUUCAGUUGUUCUGUAAUAGCAGUUGCCCAUGUUCCUCAGAAAUGGAAAGGCUUCCUGACUUCUCGUGCUCUCUGCAAGCUAUGAUGGACCUCGUAGUCUCAGUUUGUCUUGUCUUACAUGAAGCAGGAGUUUACUGUAACUGGAGGCCUGUCACACACUCUGAGAGGUACUUAAGCACAUGACAUUGUCAUUCCUCUGUACUUAAGAAUUCAUUUGUCCUUUCCUUCUGACCAAUUAGCUCCCCAGUAAAACAGCAGCUGUCACCCAAAUGGCUGGUGAGAGUGGACAGGUCCUCGAUUUUGAUAAAAUACAGGCCUUCAAGUUACCGCUGAGUUUCUCAGAAUUUCAUGCUGAACUAUGUGCUAAAUAUUUGUUCAACUCUGAAAUGUCUUCUCACUUCACAAUUAAAAGAUUCUGGAGUUUUAAUCCCA